GCACAGCGGAAUGGUUUUCUAUAACAUGUGCACCCGUUCACUAUGAAAAAAGGUGUGUUUGGUUAAGCUACUGUGUAUAGUAAUGUUGGAAUUAUGAAUGAGCUACGUGCUUUUGUAUUACAGCACAUUUGAAUAUAUGAAUGGGUCAAUGCUUCUUUGAAGUUUAAUGAAGGGAAUGUUUUGAAGAAUGAUAAAUAACUCGAUUGUGUUGAUUAGUUUAGAGAAAACACCCCGAAGGCCAGAAGAGGGAAUGUUUUCUUUAGCUAUUCAACACUAUCUCAUUAUUUAUCUUUCACGUUCAUGUGCCUACACUAACAGGUAAUCUCUCGGUGUGGGUGCGACACGUAACCAUAGACUUGACUGUAUUGAUCUGAAUGAUGUUUGUCAACAACGUUAGACCUCUAGUCUAUAUUCAGACAUACUUCCCUGUCUUGUUAAGAUGCAGAUAACAUUUUUUUGUUGAUAUUCAGCUCAGUUUACAUCAAUAUCUAUACUUACCUGCAUCAACUUUUUGCAUUUUCCCCGAGCUGCCUACGAUCAUGCCUGAACUUUUGAGACCACCCCUGUGGUAUCAUCUAGUGUUUACCCAUAAUGCACAAGCAUACUUCCGUUUCAGUUUUGUUCGGGCAUUCGAGAAGAAAAGCCGCGUGUUUUUCUUCGAUUAAAAUUUCUUAAGCCUGCGGUCUUAAAAUGUCUGAUUCAUUUAAAAUUUGCGUAAAAUGUAAUAGAGAAAUGACCGUUUUGGAUGACCACGCAGAGUGCUAUAGACACAGAGUUUGCAACGAAGCAUUUCCAUGCGAAGUUUGCAGUAAGUGGUCAGAGGAAAAACGGACGUUGAUCAGAAAGAUGAUCGAGCGAAAGAAAUCUGAAGUCAGUAUAUGAUAAACUACAUGUUAAGGGAAAAAAUGAGUGACAUUGAUUGUGGAAGUUGUGACUGCGGUAACUGUGAUUGCGGCGACUGUGAUUGCGGUGAUUGUGGCGACUGUACCAACUGUGGCGACUGUGAUAUAUGUAACUUUGGCGAUUGUUGUAAAGACUGUAAUUGUGUGGGGUUCCACGGUUGCUGUGGAGACGGAUCAGGCUGCCAUUGUUGUGAAUGUAACGGAUGUUGCUCUGACGAGGGUGGGGAUGUCCUUACACCAUCCUCUGUUGUAACUGCCCAACCCAAAUCUUAUGAAGAGGCCGGUGAAAAUGCUGUUAUUUCACAACCAAUGAAAUCUUACAAUACAUGUACUUGACUGGAAUGUUUUUUUUAAGUUUUAAACAAGUAAUUGCUUCUAUUAAUUUUCUAUUUGUCCAUUUUUAAAAGGGUGAUAUAAACUGCAGUUAAGUAUCUCACACUUUGAGCUGAUUCUCAAAUGUGCGAAUGGGAUGACGAUGAAGUCUUAUUUCCCUCUUUAUUUAAAUUAUAAAAGAAAUUUCUACAAUGAUAUAUACAUGUAUUAUGUAAUUUGUUUCCUGCAAUGGACUGUGAACUUCAUAAUCCGAAUGAAUCAUCAAAGAAAGCAUUGUAUCUUUUAUGUUUAUAUAUUUCUUUUACAAAUUGAUAAACUUAUUUUAAAUAAAGUAAAAUUAAUUAAAUUAUUGUAAAUGUACUUCAGUACGUUAGGUAAAAAAUGAGCCAAAUCGUCUACUAUGGAAAUUUGAAUUGACACUAUCAGGAUUAUUUCGUGCAGUCUGUGAUUUUCUUAGGUUGCUAAAGGUUUUGACCAAUGAAUGAACGGGGAGCAUAGAUUUAAGUCCUUUCAGUUUCUUCAGAUCUUUGAAUAAAAUUCAGUUUUCUUAAUAAAAAGAGGGAAUCAUACUUGGUGGAUAUAAAUAUAUUUUUUUUAACAAAAUAAUUUAGUCUCAUUCGUCUAAAAGGGUUUUUAAAAACCUGUUAAACAUAUCAUGGAAUACUUAAUGAAAAUAAACAAAUACCAAUGAGAACUUAAAAAUACUAUUAUUUCAAUUUUUUAUAUGUCCUUAAAAAGACACAACCAGGCAUAUAUUUUCUUGCUAUGUUAUACUUAUUCUUCAACAGCACACUGCGCACUUAACAUUUUUUUAUUCAUCAAAUGGCCAUUAGAGACUUACAAGUAAUAGCUUUCCAAAAAGCUUGCCUGACUAAACAAAAUCAUUUAAUGGAAGCAUGCAUGUAUCAAUUAGGCUAUCUUAUCAGAAAUGAAUCUACAUUUUCGCUGCUGAUCAUAAAUUUAUAAAUGGAACGUGCUUUAAGACGAAAUGCAAGUGUUCUCUAGAACAUGUACAUAAUUAUACAGAGAGCUCUAUCACUUAAAAUUCAAUUAUUUUAUUAAUUUAUUUUUUUAGGAAUGCACACAUAUCAUUUAAGUGCAGGUAAGCUUGCAAGCUAGAGAUUAAAUAGUCAUUUUAAAAAAAUUGUAUUUGUUAUAUCAAGAUGCAAAAUCAACUGAAAGGCAUUUUUAAACAUAUUCAACCAUAUGAAAUAUGAAAGGGUAUACAAACGCGUAUUGUUUCUGAAUGUGUGUGGGGCAACUUCAUCAAAUUAUCUUGACAAGCAAUUAAAAGCUUUAGGAUGAGUUCUCAAAUUCAUGAAAAAACCCUAACUGUAACUUCAAUUCAAUUAAAAUUCCUUAUUUGCAGUUUCAUUUAUUACAUGCUCCUACAAAAAAGGAGAGGGGAAGUGGGGGGGGGG